AUGAACAAAGCUGUUGACAACCUUAAGACGAUGAACAAAGCUGUGCACAACCCUUUAGAUGAUCACGUCCAACUACUGGAAGACAAGGAUGAAGCUGUGUACGAUCAGUCAAAAACUAUACAAGAAUUUAUUCCGCGGUGUGAUCCUUCGAAGAGACCAUUUCUAAAUCAGACUUUCGACGAUUUGGAUUCUGUCUACGAGUUCUACAAAGAAUACGGACGAGUUUGUGGUUUUGAUAUUAGAAAAUCAGCUGAAAAAAACGACAGAGCAGGGAAUACAAUCAGUAAAUAUUAUGUUUGCUCCAGAUCAGGUUCUAGUGAAAAGGAUUCACGAAAAUCUGAAGAUGGAGUUGUGACUCACAAACAUCGAACAAGAAAAACCGUAUCUAUUAAGUGUUUAUGUCCUGCAUUGAUACGUGUCAACAUAGCGGGCAAUGGUAGUUGCAUUCUUAAGAGAUUCAUUGAAGAACACAACCAUUCAUUUGCUGAUAGGGAUGGUGCUCAGUUUCUCCGUUGCAAUCGGAAUCUUACAUAUUUUCACAAGAGUUUUAUUUUCGAUGCAGCAAAACUGAAUAUAGGAGCCACUCGUGCACAUGGAAUUGUUUCAGCGAUGACAGGCUCUCAUGAAAAUAAGUUUCAUGAUAUCCAAUGCAGUUCUGAUCCUACAUUCAAAUUUGAAUAUGAAACUGAUUCUUCAAACCAUCUAACGCGUUUAUUCUGGGCUGACGGAAUAAACAGAAAAAGCUAUGAAGUUUUUGGAGAUGUUGUAUCCUUUGAUGCAACAUACAGGACAAACAAGUAUGGUAUGGUUUUUGUACCUUUGAUUGGAAUAGAUAACCAUUGGAAAAGCACUACAUUUGCUGGUGCUUUGCUUGAGAGCGAAUCUGCAGAAAGCUUCAAGUGGCUAUGUAAUACUAUGAAAAGCAUUUUUGGACGAGAACCGAAAUGUAUCAUCACAGACCAAUGCCCAGCAAUGAAAGUUGCUUUGGAGACUGUAUUUCCACUAGUAAAACACAGGCUUUGUAUGUGGCAUAUUAUGAAGAAGUUCCCAUCAAAGCUAGGGUCAUUGUUUUGCGCAGAGUCUGCGUUCAUGGACAGAUUAAAUAAGUUUGUUUGGUCUGACCAUACAUCACCGUUAGAUUUUGAGGAAGGUUGGAACGAAGUCAUAUCAGAUUUUAAUCUUUCCGAUAAUAAAUGGCUUACCGAAUUAUACGAUAUACGUCAUUCAUGGAUACCUGCAUACUUCAAUGACGAACCAAUGUUGGGUUUAUUAAGAACAACUUCAAGAUCAGAGAGUUCAAAUUUCUACUUUAACCACUUCGUACAGAAAGGAGAUACACUAUCAGAAUUUUAUAUAUGUUAUGACAGUGCUAUUUCAAGGCAGAGAUACCAACAAAAGCAGCUUGCACAUUAUGACAACAUAGUUCCUAGAACCUUGUCAAACAAGGAAAUCGAGAAAGAUGCUGCACAACAUUACACAAGGGUAAUGUUCUACAAGAUACAGGAGGAGAUCAUGGGAUGCAGUGGAGAUAUCUCUAUUAUGGAUUUGAAAAUGGUUGAUUCAGUCAAAACAGUUGUCAUAAAAGAUCCUCAAAAUAAAUCAAAUUUAUUUGAGGUAUCUCUAAAUCUUGAAACACACGAUUUAGAGUGUUCUUGUAAGCUUUUCACACGCGUUGGAUACCUAUGUAGCCAUGCAUUUUUCUGUUUAGGUAUUAGUGGAAUCCACAUAAUACCAAGGCAGUAUGUUAUGAAUAGGUGGCUAAAGAAAGCAGUGGAGAGAUUUUCAACAUUAGAGCUUGGAGAAAUUUCAGACCCAUUAUCUGGGGAAGAGUCUCGUAGAAAGAAGCUGCAGGAGUGUUGGUUUAUUUUCCAAAGUUGCGUUAGUGAGGCAUCCUCUGACCAAGGUCAAAUUAAUUCCCUUUACGAUAGUUUGAAGGUGAUAUCAGAACAAAUGAAGAUAUCCAAGAAAAGCGCAGGGUAUCGUUUAACCGCAGACAUGGUUGAAAAUUUAAUCGGUUCAAAGAUUGUGGAAGAUAUAACGGUAUUACCUCCCAACCAAAGUAAUAAUAAGGGUUGUAGAAAGAGAAUGGUAAACCCCGCUGAAAAAUCACUUGGAGGGAAAAAAAGAACAAUGAGACAAUGUCAGUUCUGUAAUACUCAAGCUUAUCAUGAUUCUAGGAACUGUCCGGAGAAAAAAAAGAAGGAACAUCUGGAACAGUAG